CUUAUUUGAGCAUUCUCAUGGAAUCGGGACGUAAAGCGUAAGACAUAGGAGCGCGGUCAAGUGCUCAUUUCCGUUUUCGAAUCCUACGUCACCUACUCUGAAAGCCCGUGUGUUUUGUGUUUCUUUGGGGCCAUGAUGAUUCUCGCUAAUUUAACAUUCAAACUGUUGAAUUUGAAACUACACUUCUUGAAGUCAUAAAACUAAUAAAAAAUUUAAAAAUUCAAUUCAAAUUGGAACAGCUAUUAUUAUAAUAUAAGUAGAUACAAACAAAAAAAAACAGUAAUAUUACUAUAUACAAAAAAAAAAUACAACAAAUAAUAAAUAUACAUCAUAAACUUAUUAUCAUAAAGAAAAGAAAUAAUAUCUUUGAAAGAUGGGUAUUCAAGACUUGCAAGCUUUUCUGGAUAGUAAUUGUAUACCAGGUGGAUCGGUAUCGGUAGAUUUAUUAAAAAUAGCACGUACUGUUACUCAGCGACAACGCAAUCGUGUUUGUAAAGUUUUAUCGCCACAUUCAACUGCAAAACUAAGACUAGUCCUUGAUGGAGAAUGUUGUUUAGAUAGACUCUAUGGCGGUUAUUUCUCAGAUUGGGCUUGUGGCGGACAAUGGAAUCGUAUGGUACAAUUUCUAGCAGUGCUUAUACAAGCAACAGAAAUGUCAGGUUUAGAAUUAGCUGUCUUUUUUAAUGGUUGUUUUGAAGCUUCUCGUCGUGCAGACUGGGUUCAAAAUCAGUUGCAAGUGAGGAUCAAAGUAAAUAAUGUCAUCAAACAUAUUACAACCAAAGGAACUCCACCACCAAAGAUUUGGUGGACACCACCUGUAUGUUUAAGAACCAGUUUACGUAUGGCGCUUAGAUAUUUUAAUGUUGCAGUUUUGUGCAGUAUGGAUGAUCAUCAUCAAGAAGUCAUUGCUUACUGUCGGGAAAAUAAUUUUAAUGGUUUAAUAGCCGAUGAUGCUGAGUAUGCUGCAUUUGAUCCACCUAGAUACUUCUCUUCAGAACAAUUAAAACUUACAUAUAAGGGUUCCCUUGAUACAAAAGAAUAUAUAAUUCCUGAACUUUUAAAAGCCUUAAAUAUCCCAGCAGAUAGACUAUGCUUAUUGGCAGCAUUACUUGGGAAUUAUAUCUUAACGGAAAAUAAUCUUCUUGACUUCUACAAAAAACUAAAUAUAAAUGCAAACACUAAUAAGACUAGUAUUGAACAAACGAUAAAAAUAAUUGCUAAUUUUGUUAGAGAACUUCCAUCUGUUGAGUUAGAUGUAGUAUCGCAGAAAGUAUUUGGAUCUCUAUCUGAUCCAAGGUGUUCCAAAUUAAGGCAAUCUGUACAGUACUAUAUAAAUGGUACAAAAGAAGGAUUUUUACAUUAUAAGCCCGUAAAACCAACUAAAGCUCACAAGAUAGAUUCCAAGCAAAAUUUACAAACACAGUCAAACUUAUCUGAUGGACCAUCAACUUCAGAGGGUGAUAGUAGUUUGGAAACUUCUAGAUUUGCUUCUGAAACGUUAGAAAGUGAACGUGAAAGCUUAAAUGCGUACAAGCAAGCAACGGCAAAUGCAAAGUCAGCACCACAGAUAGUGAUAGAUCCACCUGGUAUCCAAGGUCAUGGAGAUGCUGAAAAUGCCAGAUCUGAGGAGGAACAAAGUAAUGGUCAUGCUAUAAAUGGUACUCAUAAUCUUUUAAUAAGUUCAUCAAGUUCAAGUAGCAGUUCUUCGGCUACAUCUCCAUCGCAUGCUACUACAGAUUCAACAAAACAAAUAGAAAAGACAACUACUAGUAUUCCUAGUACAGUACCAGAAGUUAUGCGUACAGCGUCUGAAAGACAUCAGAAAGGUCUAAUGUCUCCUCACAUAUAUCAAAUUCUUAUAGCUGGUGAAAUUAAAUUGCCAGUUCUUUUAGAGGAUGAAAAUCACAGAGAAUUUCCCUCUAUUCAUCUGAUUUAUAGACCAGUAAGACAAAUGGUAUAUGCAAUUCUUUUUAAUUUACACCAUCGGAUGUAUUUAGCAACUAAAAGUAAAGAAAAAGGUGAUAGUGAAAAAAUUGAAGUUCCGGACGUAAUAAUAAAGGAAUGGGUAUGGUCGAAGUCGAAUCCAUAUCAAACUCCAGAAUUAGUAAAAGCAGAACAAAUUGGUUGGGGUGUUCCGACAAUUCAACGUUUGUGGUUUGGCACAGGAAUAGAUGACAAACGUCGCCGAUUAAGAGGAUUUUUGACUUGCAUGAGGUCAGAUACACCUCUUAUGUUAAAUACGGCUUAUGUACCUCAACAUUUUUUAGUUAUGGCUUGUGUUUUACGAUACAUUAUGUCUUUCUCUGAUAAAAUAAAAAUUUUGCGACGUCAAGAAUUAGAUGCUUUUAUUGCACAGGCCUUUUCUCCAGAAUUAAUGAAUGCUCAAUAUUUACAGGACUUACAGCUUCCUUUAGUAACUUCUCGUGGUGUUCAACUUGCAAGCUUAUUUAUGGCAGGUGUAGAAACUGCUCUGUUAGCAAAUGAUGCUUGCGGUGCUCCAAUACCUUGGCUAAUGUGUUGUCCUUGGUUAUAUUUUGAUGGAAAAUUAUUUCACCAUACAUUAGCACGAGCUACUAUCGCGAAAAAUUUAUUAGAAUUAUGCAGUGGUCAUAUAGAACGUGUUGUAAAAGUUGAAAGAAUGAGAAAGGCUGUACUUGAAGGGAUCAAUGUCGUGUUUGCACGACCACCAAUGCCUAUUGCACCAGGCAUUCGUGUAUCAGUACCUCAGAAUAUACUACCAGCUGGCUGUACAAUUAAUGAUGGAUUAAUUCGUGGACGAGGCAAUGGUACAAUGCCACAACGUGGUCUAAUGCGUCGCCCUAUACCUUCACGCGGAGGACAAUUGGAGAUUGCUGGUGUUGUUGUUGGUCAAUGGGGUCCCAAUUAUGGUCAACCUGGUCGAUUGCCACAACCUAUGCAGGGACAUCCUCGGGGACGGCUUCCACCUCAGGUUACUUCAAUAGGUGGUUUGAAGUAUGGUUUACCCCGUGCAUUCAAUCCAAUGGGAAGGCCAACUUUUCCAACACGCGGGAAUAAUCGUACACAAAUAGCUGGACGCGGGAAGAAGACUCAGAUGAAGGCAACCAGUAAGAAAAAAACUACUAUAAAGAAGACUAAGGAGUGUGAUAAGAAGGAUAGCAAAGGACGAGGUAUUAAUGUGGAUGGACUAAAUGAUUAUAUAGAUCCUGUAACAAGUAUUAAUACAACAAAAGAAGUACUGCCAGUACCUGGUCAAUUUGAUGAUGCUGUGGAAAAUGGUAAAACCGUCGAGAAGGGCCAGGGAGAUGCACCACUUCCUACACAGGUAGUGGCUGAAAAUUAGGCGUCUCAAAGAGAUAUAGAAGAUGGCAUAAAGAAUAACCAAUUUUUGACAUAUACUAUAUGAUGUCCUCACUGCCAAACAUACCACUCUAUGUAAAAUAGAAGAAAAAAAUCGUGCUUGUGCUAACGAGCAUCUUUGCUCGCAAUACCAUGGGAUGAUGAACUCGACUGAUUAGUGUAUGCGUGCGCUAAUUUUACUACUGAGAACAAGUUGUCAGCUGCUAAGUAUUUAAUUCUUAAGAAGUGUGAUUAUUUUUUUUACAAUGAAAAUAUAUAUUUUCCGGUAUUAUAUGAAAUGCUUGCUUUGAUGAUCUCAGUAACCUAGCCUUUGAUAAAUGAAUUUAAAUUUAAUGAAGGAUAUAUCACGAGAUGGUUUAUUGACUUUUAUAAGUAAAUAGAAAUAAAAGGUAUAGGAUACUGAGAUGAUUGUUUGCACAUGGAGACUGAUGCUUUUCAUAUAGGUAAAAUAUAUAUUUAUAUAUGAUUUAGAUUAGAUUCCCAUAGCGUAUUAUACGUAAGUUGUGAAUGUGAGAUGUAUGAAUGUGGACAUAUACUUACGUAGAAAAGAGAUUUAUGAAUGCGGUAUUUAUGAUAGUGUUGGGGGAAAGUGUGGGAGAAUGAUGUAUAUAAGUGGGGGAUGUUAGGUCAUUGCAUAUAUACGUGUAUAUAUUUAUAUAUAUAUAUAUAUAAAAUAUAAGUCUCUAUAUAUGUGCACAGGAUGCAUAUAUAUAUAAAUAUACACACAUUAUAUAUACGUUUAUAUGCAAUCAAAAUUAUAUAUUUACUUGCUGUUGCAUUGGAACUUAUAUGAAUGAACGUACUCUAUUGAAUUGGAACGUUAAAUGUAAUAGUUUUUCUAUUACACGUACGUAGCUUUUAAGCUGGUUAUUAAUUAUAAGCGAACGAGUUUUUUCAAGAGAUUAAUAAUAUUAUAAAACACGCUUUAUAUCUUUAAAAGAUAUGUUGCAUUAUAAAGAAGAAAAAGAGCAAUGAAUUGCUUUAUAUUAAUGACAUUUUUUGAACGACAUAGUUUCUUUUUUCUUUUUUUUAAAAAAAAAGAAAAAGAAAGAAAAAAAGAAAAAAAAUUUUAAUUUUCAUUGAAGUUUUCUUUCGCCCCUUUAUAUUAAUUUUUAUUAAGUGUUUGGACACACAAAACUCAUUAAACAAUGAUUAAUGCAAAAUUAUACGAGUGUCGCUUGUUGCUAUUAAAAUAAAAAAAAAAAAAAUGUACUUGAGGUAGAAAAAUCAAUCAGAUAGUAUCAUAUAACCCAAGUACAAAAAUCCUACACAUCUAUUGUCCUCCACACAUUUACUAUAUUUAAUGAUAUAUAUCAUUUAAUUGUACAUAUGAAUAGUUAUACUAGAAGUAAUUGUGCGAUCAAUGUGGUGUACAUACAAAAUCCAGUUGCAUGUGCUUAUCAUGCACUGAGUUAGAGAACAUGAUUAUGUUAUAAAUAUAUUUAUGAGUAGAAUAGUCAAAAAGAGGGACAUUCUACCAAAGAGCAGUGUUUAAGAUGUGUUCUUUUAUCAAUAAUGAAAGAAUGGUGAGAAACAAGACAGCACGACAAAACACGAUUAUUAAAUAAGGUGAGGCAAAAAGAUGUGUGUCUAAGUGCAGAGAGAUAAUUAAAGCGAAUAAGAAAAACCAUUUAUUGAGAUAAUAUAAGAAGAGACGAUAAAAUAAAAUGUUAUAUUUUUGUAGAUUUGUUAUUGCGUAAAAUGCAUUAAGACAAUGAGAAACUUUAUAUAAUUUGAAUAGAAUGACAGGGAGAGCGAGAGAGCGAGAGAGAGAGAGAGAGAGAGAGAGCGCGCGAGAGAAAGAGAAAAAGAGAGUUGAUGAGCCUGUGGGAUAAAAUAAGUAAGAUCUGGAAAGACAGAUGUGUUUAGAAAAAGUGCUUUGGAUGUGCAUAUUUAGAAAUGACAUCCAUAAGUAAGCAUUGCCGAAAAAAAUCCCAUAUUCUCCUAUAUCUCUAACUGUUUAACUCUGACUUUUGGACAGCUUAUAGAGAUAGGAGAGAAUGAAUAACAGAAAUGAAUUAUUAUACAAUGUCAGCUUCAACGUGCGCUGAGCAUCUGCGAAUAAUUAACAGUUUUUCCGAUGCAUUUUGAAUGGCACACACUUGCUUGGUUAUUAAACUAAUAAAUGCGUUUAUAGGUAUAUUUUAUGACAUAUAAAAUCUUACAGUUUCCAUUAGCUAAUAUUAUUUUACAAUUGCAAUGUAAUGUAUUGAAACAUAUGCAUUACCACAUUGUUUAUCGCGCGCGCGAAUUACAAUUUUUAAAUGAAGAAUAUUAAUCAUUACAAGUGACACGUACUAGAAGCAGACCUUCUGAUCUGACAAACCAAUUUGAGAGUAAAUGCCACUUUACGCUUUCGUAAAGGUAGAUGAUUUUCUUUCCAAGAAAUCAAUCUCUUGAUACCAGAUACAAAAUGUAAAUGACACAAUGAUGUACACAACAUAAUCAGUUGCUGCUGCACUGAUAUGAGUAUGCAAUAUAAUAACAUGAAAUAAUUUAAUAAAUACGAAGCAAAUGCGGAAAUCCAUAUUGAAUACAACAGAAUAGAAAUGUCGGAAAAAAGAAACUUGCAUAAAAGCAUAAUCAACGUUAAAAACAGGGGCGUGUUUAAUACGUGCCUGCUUUUCGUUGUAUAAGUAGAAAAAGGGGGCCCACAGAAAAUGUCUAUGAUACAACAUACCAUUUAAACGAAAACAAAAAAACAAAAAAAACAUACGAAUAAUCUACUAUAUUUAUGAAGUAACCAUCUA